GGCCGCCCGACGCUUAAUUCUCUGUACUGCUCCUGCUACACCUAGACACGCCCGUCUUUUCAUCACAACAAGUUCACCGUGAGACAUUGACGCAGUCCUGCUCAUCCACUUCGACAGUCACCUGUACUUGACGCUUCCUCCUUGAACCAGAACACACACUCGGCCACACCAACAAGGAAGCAUUCGACACCUUUACCCAUUAUAUCGACCAUCUUCACGCCGCCACCAGCACUGCACAUCUUGAGAAAGACUUCUUCCCUCCUGGACGACACGCCACGGCAGUAGUUCGCCGCACCCAUUCUGACGUUGUGUCAUGUUAUGGAAUAUCGCCCACAAUUUUUUGGAAUAGACACGCACCACCACCUUCACAACCACCUCGCAACUGGCAAGAUGUCCACCCUCACCAUGUCGGCGCCCCACCACCACGUUGGCUUUCACAGGGAGUUUACCUGGCAGGAGCCUCGCGUUCAGCAGGCAUACCGCCCACAGGAAGAGCACAACAAGAUCGCACUGCCAUCUAUCCGACAGGCAUUCCCAGAACUGCAACUGCAGAUCCAGCAAGAACCACCGUCGAGACCUUCGACUACCGCCGGCAUCUCUCCUGCUACUUCGCCAGGCUACAUGUACUCCACAGGCAGCACCAAGCGCAGAAGAUUAUCGAUUGAGACUGAGGAUGAGGUUUCGAGCAAAGUUCCCCGGCUCUAUGAGGCUACCCAGGUUCUCCCUGCUCGCCACAACUCUCCCCCACAGGCCUGGGCCGACUCGCAUCCGAGUGUAUUGAAGAGUGUUGUCCCUGCUUCUCAAUCAGUCAUCACUUCUGAGGCGCGCUCUCCCACCGACUCUCGCCCAACCCUGCCAAGCUUGCCGCACCUCAACUUUGAUCGCCGAACAAGCGAACUGCCUCGCAUGGGAAGCAUGUCUAGUGAGGACUACGCUGUUGACCCUGCGAGGAGAGCAAGCAUUGUACACGGUAUGAGCCAACGCGAACCCUUGCCUCCCCAGCAAGAGCUGCGCUCUGUCAGUGCCAGUUAUGAUUAUCACUCGAUUCACCGAGGCCAGCCGCCUGCCAUGCCCUCAAACCACGUACAAUAUGAACGCACCCCUUUCACUUCCGGGGUGUACAGUCGUCCUUACCACCGCGAUCCCUACAUGCGCAUGAACGAGCUUGGUAUGGGUCAAGGGGUUGAGAGUAAGCAGCGCAAGCGUCGUGGCAACCUCCCUAAGGAGACAACAGACAAGCUGCGGGCCUGGUUUGUGGGUCACCUGCAACACCCAUAUCCUACUGAGGAUGAGAAGCAAGAUUUGAUGAGGCAGACGGGUCUGCAAAUGAACCAAAUUUCCAAUUGGUUCAUCAAUGCACGACGUCGCCAGCUGCCCACAAUGAUCAACAACGCUCGUGCCGAGUCCGAUGCCACGAGCAGCCGGGAGAAUGACGACAGAAUUCUCCCCUCCACUGAGAGGGACGCCUACGGUAGUUCCAAGCGCGCCACUGGCCACCUCAGCGACGGGGAGGGCAGUUUGUAUGACGAGGAGCUUUCCCAUCAUGCAAGAGCAUCCCACAUUCAACGUGGCAGUGUUUAAGACCCUACCAACACAUCUCAAUAAUUCCGCAUACCGUCUUCGUGUCCUACACAGUCUUGGACCGAGUUUCUUAAUACCCCGGCACCGAUUCAUAUUCGCUGCAUUGUCCAAAGUUCGUUUUGAGACGACUGGGCAUUUUUCUUUCUCCCUUGUGGCAUAUGUCCAUGCCUUUUUCUUUUUUUCUUUCUUUUGGGCUGUCGUCAUGUCGACGUCGCAAAUGCAGGGACUUUUACCCUGCACUAUACUGGUCUGGUUUACACUUACAUCAAGCAAUGGCGUUCUGGUGGUUUGGGGAAAAAAGCGUAUGUACAAUGGAGCGUAUACACAUAGAGUUGGACCAUUUCUGGGCAUACUUUGCUGGUUCGAGCAGCCGACACGGGCAGGCUAGCCCCCAGUUUAAACAUUUUGGUCAAGACAUACCAUAAAGAUAGCAUGGUGCUCCGCGGCGCCUCCACUCAAUGAAAGGUAGACAUUACUUUCGAGCC